CUCUUCCAAGCGCAACCUCGUCAUCCUCACUUUAGUAGCUUGUCGCGAUACUGGCAUCCGAGUACAAAUUCUGAGCAGCAAAAAUUCGGAGUUUGAAAUUAAUACGCCGGCAUUACCACAUCCUGACGUGCUGCGCGCGCACCUUUCCUGGUCCUGCCCCAAACUCUGCGCUCCUCAGCGCCCUCAAGCGAAAGCAUCCAUCCGCCGCUGCCACCUAAAACCUCACCAUGGCCGAAUACUGGAAGUCGACGCCGCGGUACUGGUGCAAGCACUGCUCCAUGUACGUGCGCGACACGAAACUCGAGCGCACAAACCACGAAGCGACGGGAAAGCACCGAGGCGCCGUGGAGCGCGCCCUCCGCGACCUGCACCGGGGCCACGAGAAGCAGGAGAGGGAGAAGGAGAGGGCGCGGAGGGAGAUUGAGCGGCUGAACGGGGUCGUGACGGGCGGUGAGGGUGACAACAAAUACAAGAGCGGCAGGAGCGCACCGCCGGGACGGGGGCCGCCGCAAGAGGCAUCAUCUUCGUCGGGCAAGGAGCAGCGGCAGGCGCAGCUGGAGCAGCUGGCGGGGAUGGGCGUCAACAUACCCGACGAACUAAGGGGUCAGUUGGCGAUGGCGGGCGAGUGGACCGUCACCAAGACGAGGGUAAUUGACGACGGGGAGGGAAACGAGAGCGUGGCGCGCGGGGUGAGGAAGAGGGAGCUGGAGAAGACGGAGGAGGAGAAGGAGGAAGAGAAUGCCGUCAAUGGCCUGUUCAAGAAGCCAAGGAGGUGGGGGAUGGACACGAGGAUCGCGGGUGGGGAUGAUGGUGGUGAGCUGGAUGCGCUGCUGAGCGGGUCGAGUUUUGUGGUCAAGGGAGAGAAGAAGGAGGAGGAUGAAGAGGAGGCUGCAAAACCGCCACUCAAAGUUGAAGAUACGGAGAAGGGCCCUGAUUUGGAGGGAGCGCCGCAACAAGAAAAGCCCAACGUCGUCAAGGAAGAGGAGGACGUUGUCAAGAAAGAGCCCGCGGACGAGGCAUCCGCUCCACAUACAGCAGCCGAGGCUGCAGCUCCAGCAGUGGUUUUCAAGAAGAGAAAGCCGAAGAACAUUCGACAGAAGUGAUAAUAGCCGGCGGGUAUGACGUUUGUUACGAGUAAGAUGUUAAUCCGGACUUUAUCUGUCUACAAAACUCAUGGGCUAACGGGAGCAAGGGCGUGACAUUGGGAAAUUGCUUGCUUCUGAAGCCAGAGGAUGGCUUCAUACGACAUGCAUCAUCAUGCUCGUUUGUAUUGCGGAUGCAGCCUUGCAUGCAAUACCAGUGUCUAACCAGGUGAGAGACUGGGGCAUAUUGGUUGACACCUCCGUAUGGCAUUUACGGCCGUGUCCGGCGGAGCCGAUUACUUGUAUGAUUCUCAAGGCUCCAUCUACACGCAUGGAAGCACGGUCGAGGUCAAGCGACCCACGUAGAUGGUGCCACCCGACCCACGAGCUCACAACCGUCGUGGCACAGGAUGGCACAGAACCGACCCAAGUAGGCGGAUUCGCAGCUACACAGGACGAGUAUGGCCUGGCUUUGCCAUUGUUGAAGCUCUGGUGUUGCUUUCUCUGUAGACGCUUGGCGGCCUCCUGCGCUGUUCGGUACGAUGCGAAAAGGCGGGCGGUUUGAAACAUCUACCAUUUCCUGUGACAAUUGCGUGAGCUCUUUGCUGCCUUUUGUUGGAACCGGCCCUCGAGGUCUAGAUCUGUCAGUCUGGUGCGGUGACGACAUCUGUGUUGAGAGCAGGGGAACAUUUCACGGUGAACGGCACGAAGCACACUUUCGACCUCUCCGCCCGCGCAUUACAUUACACAAAUUUUCACCGCUGGGGUACUUGGCCGUACGGCAGUCAAGUGCUACAACAAGUUGCGCCCGCGGUAAAUUCCGAACCGAGAUCUCUUUUUACUUCACACAAACAAGGUGAUGCGGGCAGCCGACAUCGGCCUUGUCCUAGCAUGGCACAACGGAUACCGGGUAAUUUGUGUUCGGCUCUAACAAGUACUGCAUAAUGUUAGUAGGUUGGGUGGGUUUGGAUCAUCGACCAGCCAAGGCAUUUCCUUAGUCCCCCAACCAUUCGCGGUACAUUUGCCCUCCCCCAUAGCCAAGCAUUGCAUCUCACCCACUACCGUCGCCAGCCCAGGGCAAGGAAGCUUAGCGUCUUGGUCAUCCUUUGCCAUUAAGAAAGGCCCCACACGGAUCUACAAGCCGCUUCCGUCGGGUGGAGUUGAUCUAGUUCUGGAUAGUGGGGAUCGUCAGCCCAGCCUCCUCGCUCGUUUGCUUCUACCUCGGAGUUGGUUGCACCAGAUUGCCUCACUAGGCAAGCCUUACAAGCCAAUUGACAGCGAGAGCUGCGAUUGUAAGUUCCAUGACACGUCUGGCAACGGCCUAGCGAGUUACUACUCCAGUGUCUGUCUUAAAACAACCGUAGCCUGCUCCCAGUUACCUAGCAACCUGAGCUACCUAAGAUAGCUUGGAAGCUUCGUAGACAAAUUAUCGUGGGUUACGCAGCAGAAAGGUAUGUGUGAGCAAAAGAACCUCUAGGGCAGACCAAUCCCAUCCCUCGUUGUGUUUGUACGGAGUAGCUUGCACCUAGAGGGUGGUUGGGUGGCACAUCUGCAAGUGUGAAGUGUGGCGUUUGUUCGCCCCAUACACAACCAAGUUCAUCGAUUUUGUCGUACAAUCCGCGUCACUGGUCCAAACAUGUUUGUUUACUGCCUAGACCGUUUGUUUCUCUGUUUCCGUUUCAAGGGUCUGCUGGUACAACAAGAUAUUAGUCGCAUCCCUACAAUGUCUUGACUACCUACUCUAUCAAACUACCCGUCUCUGUAGAAUUUUUGUUCUGCUGGCUUUUCCGUCUCAAAUUUGUUGCAUAUGUAUUAGGUGGUCUUGUUGAGGGCAUAUCAAAUCAAGUAGUUCGUGAGUGCUUGGUUCUUUGCCCGAGAAUCUCAAGCCCGUCAUCACUGCCUACCUACCCAGCAAGUUGCAUGGGGAAUGCAUUUUUUUUGCCCAGUGGUUGCGUUUAACAUUCCGC